AUGGCAAGAGAACGAAUUACACAAGCAGAAGAAUGGCAAGUUUGGGCCCAACGUUACGACAUCGAUGGUGGUAUCCGCACCUUCGAGUCGGGCUUGACGCUGAAGGUCUUUUUGGGCGCACUUUUUGUCGGCUUGCUGAUGAUGCCGGGGUCAAUCUACCUGACCUUAGUCUCCGGUCAGUCCGGCGCAGGAGCAGCACCGUGGGUCGCAGUCAUCCUGUUCACGGAGUUAGCGCGUCGAUCUUUCACAACCGCUCGGCGACAAGAACUUUAUAUGCUGCUUGGACUCACCGGCGCAGCGGUCGGAUCUGGGGGUCAGUAUCGCGGUUUUAUCUGGUACGCUUAUUUUAUUAAUACGCCACAAGCCCAGUCGUAUGAAAUUGCGGACAAGAUCCCUUUCUGGAUUGUGCCAUCGAAAGAUGCGCUAGCCAUUGCGGAGCGUUCGCUCUUGCACAUGGACUGGUUUUGGCCCAUCGCGUUCUUUCUGAUAUUCAAGUUGUUAGCGGAGAUCCGCCAUAUCAGUGCCGGCUACUUUCUGUUUCGUCUGACAGCGGACAUGGAGCGGCUGCCCUACCCAAUGGCACCCAUCGAAGCGCAGGGCGCAACCGCCUUAGCAGAGACUACCGGACGCGUGGAAACGUGGCGUUGGCGUGUCUUUUCGGUCGGAUCUAUGGCGGGAUUGAUCUGGGGAUUUAUUUAUAUUGGCGUCCCUUCACUCACAGGGGUGAUGAUGUCAACACCGAUUCAACUCCUGAAGAUUCCAUUCAUCGAUUUCACAAACGUCAUCGAAGGAAUCGCGCCGACCGGUGUGCUCGCGCUAUCGACCGACUUUGGAGCGGUACUCACCGGUUUUGUGCUGCCCUUUCCCAUCAUCAUGACGGAAUUUGCAGGAGCACUCUUUACCCAGUUUAUCCUGAAUCCACGAAUCCUCUAUCCUGCGGAAAUCUUGCAUCAGUGGCGUCCCGGCUUGGAUGUCCGCGGUACGGGCUUAUACAAUGGUCUUGAUUUUUGGAUCAGCUUCGGGAUGGGAAAAUCUUUCAGCUUCGCCUUCGUUGGUAUCGCAGCCUCGAUUCCGAUGUUGAUCAAGUUUAGACAGGCUCGACAGGAACAGUCAGGGUUAAGCAGAUCGCUACAACCACCACCGGGACGUGGCGAUUUUCCGCUCUGGUUGAUGGCAAUCCUGUGGCUCUUUGGGAUGGGGACUUUCAUCUAUCUCGUGCACGUUUAUAUGGUACCGAACUUUCCGUUGGUUUUCCUGCUCGGCUUUGCCUUUCUUUAUACUCCGAUCAAUUCAUACAUAACUGCGCGAACGUAUGGGAUUCUCGGUCGCGAUCUUUUCGAGAUUCCUUACCUCCACGAAACGACAUUUAUCUUGAGUCGCUAUGAGGAGAUUGAUAUCUGGUUCGUCCCGCUGCCGGACGAAGACUAUGGACGUGGCACACAAAGUUGGCGUGUUCUUGAAUUGACAGGCACCACCUUCACCAGCAGUAUCGCCGCACGAUUGCUGAUUAUGCCGGUUCUAAUCAUCUCUGGCAUUGUGGUUUGGCAUUUUGUCUGGAAAAUCGCACCGAUUCCGUCGGCGCAAUAUCCCUUUGCACAGACAUGGUGGCCCCUCUAUGCGACCAACGAAUCCCUCUGGAAAACCUCGCUGCGGGACGGAAACAGCCAGAUGUUGCAAGCCAUUCGUGGCAGCUAUGUGACGGCAGGCUUCGCCUCCUCAAUGGCAAUCUACGGUGUUCUCUGGGCAGCAAAGAUGCCAAGCAUGUGGUUCUACGGGAUCGUGGGUGGCAUCGGUGCCGACCCCGGAAUGAUGCUUCCAAAAGUGAUGGGAGCAAUUAUCGGUCGAUUUUACAUGAUUAAGAAAUUCGGUCUGAAACGAUGGUUCAUGUUUAAUCCCGUUUUGGCGGCAGGUUUUACUUGCGGCGUUGGACUGAUUGGAAUGGGAACGGUUGCAAUUGCGCUAGUCUCCAAAGCGGUAAUCGUAAAACCGUUCUAA